AUGAAGUCUUUCGGCUUGGUCGUUUUGGCAGCAUUUUUUACCCUCUGCGAGGCACAGUUUCAAGUUCUAGAUGCUGGGUCCAUCGCAAACAGCACUGCUGUGAAAUUUUCUGAUGCUUGCCUAACUGCUUUGCAGGGCACUGUCAACUGCAACAGCAGUUUGGUGAAUAUUGCCGCCGCAGAUGAUGUUUAUGGCAUUAGCAAUGAUACAUACGCCUACCUUUGCACCAAUAGCUGUGGUUCAUCUCUGGAAAUAUAUCACAAUACCGUCUCAUCUGCUUGUCCUGGCCAGGAUGAGGCUUGGAGUGGAUAUCCAGCGACAUAUUUUGGAGAUGUGUACUGGGCGAGCUACAAUCUGUCUUGUUUGGCAGAUCCCACCUCCGGGGCGUCAUGCAUUGAGUUGUACCAGCUUCUCCAAAAGACGCCAUAUUCAUACUACGAUUCCGAGAUGGCAUCCGAUUGGUCUUCCAUACAAAGUCUUUGCCACGUCACAUAUCCAACAGACGUCCCAAAGAAUCCCACAAAUGUCACUGAUAUUGCCGGAUUUGCGCCUGCAAAUUAUACUUCGCCAAGCUGUUUGUCAGAAGCGACGUACACGGUUGUUUCAGGGGAUAAUUGCAUCGCUAUUUCGCAAGCGCAAAAUGUUUCCACUGGGACACUUAUCUCACUCAAUAACUUGCUCCCCGAUUGUUCUAACCUUGACGGUAACCCAACCCAACCACCCAGCGCACGGCCACAUAUGUCGCUCCAAAUAUCUGGAGACACUUGUGAAAGCAUCUGUAAUGAAGCAGGAAUCACCUUCGUCCAAUUAACCUCCUGGAACCCGACCAUCAACAGCUACUGUUCCAACCUGAUAGCUGGACAAGCCGUUUGUGUCGGGCAGGCAGGAUCGACAUGGACUGGGACAACCAUCCCAGGCGCUUCAGCCACUCAAACCGGCGUCUACGCCACUACCACCGUUGCCGCUCCAAGCAACCUGGCUUAUGGGACCACAACCGACUGCGGCCAAUAUUACGUUGUGCAAAGUGGAGACGACUGCAGCCUCGUCGCGCUGAACAAUACCAUCACAGUCAGUUUGUUUGAGCCGAUCAACCCAUCAAUCAAUGCUGGAUGUACCAACUUGGUUCCUGGGUUGGCUUAUUGUGUGCGUCCAGUAGCAAACUGGAACAGCACCAACACGACCACGACUACGACGGCUUCAUAUGUUACUGCGCCAGCACCAACACCUUCUGGCACCACAUCUGAUUGCUACAAGUGGCAUGUGAUUAUCAGUGGAGACUACUGUGCUCUUCUGGAGAGUGAGUAUGGAAUUACUUUUACGCAAUUACAGACUUGGAACUCCAAUUUAAAUUCGACGUGUGGAAAUCUUAUUUUGGGAAAUGCAUACUGUGUGGAUGGACCAAGUAAUGUCUCAUCUACCAGCAGGAUUGCUUCUGCUACGGCGAUUUCGACGGCGCUGAAUCUUUGA